AAAAAAAAUUGUGCUUUUUUUUAAUUAGGUACAUGUCUAAUUGUAAUAAUUGUUUAUUUAAAUUUCAUGCAGUGAAGUGGGAAAAGUGUGAAAAAUUGUAUUGAGCCUUAUACUGAGAUAACAAAAAUGUCUAAAAAGAAAAGUUGGAUUUCACCGUUUUUGAAGCAAAGCUUUGUGACAGCAGCUGUCGGUUUCAAUAUCAUCGGUCAUGGCUGCAGUAUUGGAUACCCAGCCAUCCUUCUACCCCAGUUGGUUGACUCCCACAUUCAGUUGGACGCUGAAGCCACCUCAUGGAUAGCAUCCGUACUCGGCAUCACGCAGCUAUUUGGCAGCUUCAUAACUCCUCCUAUAAUGAGUCGGUGUGGGCGUAAAAUGGCUCACUUUGCUGUUCUCAUGCCCAUGCUUGUCAGCUGGUUCAUAAUCAUCCAGGCAACCGGAUUUUCGGAUUUACUAUGGGGCAGAAUUCUUCAAGGUCUAUCAAUCGGCAUGCUGGCACCACUGCGCUCAGUUCUUGUGGGAGAAUACUCCAGUCCGAAAUACAGAGGCGCCUUCCUCACAACAGUCUCUUUGACGCAAUCCUUCGGGAUAUUUUUCGUACAUUUGGUAGGAUCGUUGCUAAGCUGGCAGCAGACAGCACUUGUCUGCGUGUUCUUCUCAUUUGGAAGCUUGGUGAUGACCAUCUACUCGCCAGAGUCACCGAGCUGGCUAGUGUCCAAGGGACGGUAUGAAGAGUCUAGAGAAGUCUUCCGAUGGUUACGAGGAGAUGACGAGGAAGAAGAACUUGAAGAAAUGAUCGAAGCAAGAAUACUUUUUGAAAGAGAAGUCAUCUACCAAAAAUCUAGUAAAAAGGGAAAUCGUUUUCAUGAUGUAACAGAAAUGGUAAAGAAGAAAGAGUUUUACAAACCAAUCAUUCUGAUGAUGCAUGCGUACGUCAUGGUGAACUUUGCUGGUGGUACUACAAUGUCUACUUACUCGACUAUAAUCAUUGCUAUGAUCAUGGGUCCAGAAGUUAAUGCCCAUUUCUGGAUGAUAUUUCUGGACACACAAAGACUGAUAUCAAAUUUCCUUGCUGUUUUUGUCAUCAACAAGUUCAAGAGAAGAACUAUGAUGUUUGUGACUGGAGGACUAUCGAUAUUCAGUCAGUUUGCUAUAGCUGCUUACGUAUAUUGCAAACAGAAUAAUAUGUUACCAUAUGAUGCCCUAUGGAUUCCGGCUUUGCUGAUCAAUUUGAAGUUUUUCACAGUGGCUACCGGAAUGCUUCCGCUACCAAACGUCAUAGGAGGCGAAGUGUUCCCUCUGGAGUACAGGAAUAUAGGUGGAAGCAUCAGUUUAGUGUCCCUAUCAGCUACAUUCUUUCUGGUUCUGAAAACUUUCCCAGGAAUGGUAGAGGGAAUUGGCCUUCAUGGAACAUAUAUAGUGUACGGUGGCAUUCUGUCUUUCUGUAUGUUUGUUAUCUGGUUGUUAUUGCCGGAGACUAAAGGGAAGACUCUUCAGCAGAUUGAAGAUGAGUUUCGUGGUAGACCGCUGGCUCCUGACGAGAUGGAAGCGAGGAUGUCUCUGCAUUCCAAUCCUGUUGAGAUUUACAGGAGAAAAAUGUCUCGGAGAUGCAGCAGUCCUGUUAUACCAUAUUGAGUGAUAAUUUAGAAUAGCGUGAAAGUUUAUUUACGUGAAGAAAUAAUUCGAAGAAGUUUACAUAUUGUUUGAAAACUAAUAUUGUGAUGUGCCUUUGAUACUUAUAUGUAAACUGAAAUCAAGAACGAUAUGGAUAAUUGGCUAUGAAAGCUAGAUUUGUUAUUGCUAGUAACUUUGAGUCAAACAAAAGGAUAUAACCUGCUGAAAUUAGCAAUACAUUUAUGAGUACUA